AUGACGAUCUUCACACCGAUAGGGCGCAGUGCCCUCGCCAUGGCUCACGCAUCAGAGACGGCGUUGCUGAUGACUGGAUGCAGGCAAGCACGCCCUAUUGACUCCUACAGGGAACCAUUCCCUGAGUUCACGGACUCCAAUAUCGCGAGCCAAAGCUACUUAAACCACUCCGGCAUGAAUUAUUCCACAUCUCAAUCAAGCUAUGUCAACAAUCAUCACCCUCUAAAUUUGUUGGAGGGAAAUCAAUGUCGUGACUCUGUUUCAAAUUUGUUGAAGGGCCAUUCGCAUCAUUACAGUGGUGUUAUGCAUGCUUCGUUACCAGAUGAAACAGCUCUUCUCGUUGCAAACUAUCUCCACCAGUUGCGCCUGAGAUUUGGGACGGACAUGACUCUAGACCAAGCGAUUCGAAUAUGUGACCCAAAGCCUAUGCACAGCCAGAUGGGAAGAGAUGAUCUUGUUUCGAACGUUAGUUCACCUUCGACGAGCUACACAGGUGCCCAAUCUAGCAGAUCUGCGACUCGCCAGUCGACACCCAGCGGGAGGGCUCAUUUCAGGUCCAGUGCUGUCACCCGGACCAACCACGAGAUAUUCCGAGACGGUAGCAGAUUAAAGGUCAGGUGUCACGAAGGCCCUUGCAGCGGCAAUGUAUUAAUGAAGGACAAUUAUGCCCGGCACGUGCGUGAACACCAUCUUGGUGGGAAGAGGAAGGCAGGAGGGAGCUCUACACGGCGUGUUAAUCCCGGAAUGAAAUGAUGGGCAUCCUGCACCACCGUGCUAUGGUUGUAGCACGGAAGAUUGGCUGAUGUGGAACAAAGGCAUGGCCAUGCCAGGCUCUUAAAGGGCAUGUCGCAUUUGUUUUAUUUAAUAAGGUAUCUCUCCUGUAGACGUGA